AUGCCACUGCUGCAAGUCUCCCCCGAGCGCGUGCUGGAGAUUCCUGUAACGCUGUUCAGCAACUCGACAGUCGAGCUGACUCUCCAGAACGUUUCCACGCAGCCGUUCGUCGCCUAUAAAAUCAAGACAACCGCUCCCAAGAGCUAUUUGGUCCGGCCUUCUACAGGUGUGGUGCCUCAAGGCGAGGUUCGCUCUGUGCAGAUAGUCCUACAGGCCUUGUCUGAGGAGCCACCCACGAAUUCCACGGAUCGUUUCUUGGUGCAAGCGACGCCAGUUGACAGCAACUGCACCCUCCCACGACACUACUGGCUCUCUCUGGAGAAGGCGAAAGUGGAAGAAACGAGGCUCAGCGUGUCUUUCAAGAGAGUAAAUGGUCAGCUAUCCACAGGCCACACGGGCUCUCUCCCGGGGGAAGGUUCUGCCUCGGGAGGAGGACGAGGCGCCGAGGGUGCUGGUAGCACAGCAGCGCCUACAUCGGCGACUGCAGGGGGAAGCGGCAGCAACGCCACUAGUGCUGCAGAUUUGAAGCAGCAGUACGAUCAGUUGGUAGAGUAUACCCUUGCGAUGGAAAAGCACAAGGAGGAACUGACGCGGGAGAACGAAGCCCUCAAACAGCAACUUGAAUGCAGAGGGGGUCGUAGCCUGGCUGAGCUAUGGCACCUGCCGAUUUACCUCUUUGUGCUGUUCAUGCUGUGGUACAUCUUGGAUCGCACUUUUGGUGGGGGAGGCGCGUCCUCGAAGCCGUAA